GUUGAGGUUUACUUAGCAGUGUGCGCUGAUGGAAGUUCCACUGGAAAGACCUCACUAGAUGCCAUCUUCUGACCCAGCUGUUUGGGAGCCUGGGCCUCUCCAUUUGAAUGAAGCUAGAUACAUCAUUGAAAAGCUUUCUGUUCCAACUAAAUAUAGACUAAAAGUCAGAGAGAUAACAGUGAUGCUGGGUGCGCAUUAAAAUAUGGAAUAAUCUAAACAUUCAAGCCCUAACCAUCUCUCUGAGGUACAGGAAAAAUGUAGAGAUUUAGAUUACAUGUAGUUUUUCUUUCAGAAAUCUAUUUCAAUCACCUAUGUCAAUAACCACUAAUAUGAUCUAAAAAUGAAGUUCUUUGAUGGUAUGUCCAGGAACAGAAUUAGAAAUGUCAGUUGGUGCAUUGUUUAUUCAACAAUUCUCUCUCAUUGUCAUUCGGAGCCGAACUGCCAACUGGCAGCAGUGCCAGUUUGAAGGUUUAACAGAGUAAACAGAAUUGUACUACUCGUAUUUGAGAGGAUUAGCAGUCAGAAACAAAUCACCCCAAUCCACUUAAAGGAAUUAAUUCAGUAAAUGUUGCCCAUGUUUGUGAGCCUAAUAAUGCUAUUGUGCUAAUAAUCUGCACUAGUAAUGUCUCAUGUUUUUCAUAAAAUUGACUUUUGUCACUUAAAUGUUUUUAUUUAUAAAAUGAUCAAUAUAUUAUUUCAUUAGCUUUGCCUUAUUUAUUUAUUCAUUUGUUUAGUUUUUGCUCUGUGGUAUACCAGGUAUACCAAAAUAUUGCUGUUACAGGUACAAAGUUUGAAAAUUUGAAGAUCUAAAUGGUCUGUUUAUAUUUUCUGGUUUUGUAUACCUAAACUAAAAUCCCUACUAAAGUGGCACAUUAGGAAUAUUGAUAUACAGACUGAUCAUUAUAAAUUUGAUAUAUGUGAGUCAAUGAGUAAAGUACCAUACAUUUAAAAUUGUUUUGCAAAUGAUUUUAAAUGGUUUCAAGUUUGGAUAACAGUUCUUCAGACCUGCAGUUAUAGAACACAAUGCAAUUAACUGAUAUCUGUAAGAUAUCAGUUGUUAUAUGAUAUGUAGUAAAGCUCCACUGCAAUAAAUACAUGUUUCAGCUUGGCUCACAUUGCAUGGGGCUGAAAGAACAUGUCUAAUGUAUGUUUGGGUUUUGUUGUUUUCUUCCCAUACACAGGUUUCUAGAAGGGGGUUUCUGGGUUUUAUAAAUUGUUAAUUGUAUUCAUUGGUCAGUUUCAUGUGUUACACCAUUAACAUGGAGUUAAUAUAGGAUCAGUUUUUCCCUUCACCUCAUAUGCAUAGUUACAUGAACUGUGUCUGGCUGCUCUGAGAUCAGCAUUGUUGCUUUGACAAGCUUUAUAGCUAUCCAACAGGAAAUCAGUGUGAUAGAUUUGAGCCACUCACUUCUCCAUGUGAAUUCCUAGUAGCAAAAGUGAAGUGAGAUGGAACUGUUCUCUUCAGAUUUAUCUACACAGCAUAUCUGCGUUCUGCUGUUAUUUGGGAAAAGCACAUGUGAAACCGUCUGCGUUCCUUCAAGGCGAGAUGAAAUGCUGUGCAUCUUUGAUUAAGGCUCAGUGACUCACCGCAGAGGGCAAGGUGUCAGGUCUGGUCUGCCUCAUCCCAGUGUGCUGCGGCGAGUAUUCUGUGUUCCGAUUCCUGGCAGCUUCAUAGAACGUACCACGUGCCUCAUGGCGCUCCAUGGGAAGUUAUGAGCAGCUGAGAUGAGCGUCCCUCCCGGAGCUGCCAGGAGAUGGUUCCCUUCCAGGAGGUUCUGUUGGAGGUCAGGAGGGUUCUAGAGGAGGCUGAACCCAGCCUACUUCCUACGCUUCUCAACCAGCUGCUGGAUGCACAGGUGUUCUCUGUGCAGUACUACCAAUCCCUGUUUCGGGACGCCGACUCUGGCCAGGGGGGCUCGGCUGAUGCAGAUGGCCUGGCCAGGAAGCUGGCUCUUCCUAUCUGGCAGAAAUGGGAGGCCAGCAAAGGAAUCCUUUUCUCCAUGCUUGUGGAGAAGGAGGACCCCGGGCCAGAUGAAGUUGACGAAACUGGCGAUCCAGGUUUAUGCGACCUCAUACCAGAUACGUUAUUUUCGGCCUAUAUUGACAGCAUUGAUCUCAGCUCUCCUGGAUUUGACGAAUCUUUUGAUUUGUGUUUUUCCGACGACGUCUUUGAUAUCUCAGAUGAACCAGAUGAUAAGCCAACUUUGGGACGUGAAGACAUAAAAAGGCAAACCAGAAAACGACGAUCAGAUAAAAGACCAUCAAAGAAACCAUCCCGCCUCAAACGCAACAAAGGAGGUAACACAGGAGACCCGGAGGCCUCAGAAAAUUACUCAGAUGCUAUAACGGCCCCCUGCGAGGGGAGUUUCCAGCCCAGCGUACGCACGAUACCCCAGCAGCUCAUGCACGCUCCUUUCGCCGUUACCGCAGCCACCGCCCUGGAAAGUGCUUCUUUGGUGCCAUCUAGUGGACAAACGCUACGAAUCAUACACACUAUCAAUCAUCUCGCCCAUCCCGUUAUGAACCAAAUAGUCCCCGUCAGGCCCACCUACGUUCUGGUUUCGCCGCAAUCUCUAGGUCCAAUCUCACAGGUUUUUCCCCUUUCUCCAGCUGAUGGUGCAGUAGCCCCUCUAGAGCUCAGCAUGUCUUCCCAUCCCACCAUCUCCUUAUCAGACACUGCAAGCAGGGUUUGGUUCCCCUCGCCUCUCACUCCAGUCUCACAUUCAAAAGGUCAAAUCCCAGACAAAAUACCACCAGAGGACUCUACUCCCCCACCCCACCGAACUAAGAAGAGGCUGAGUCCAGUGAUACCAAAGCACGUUGAAGACUACAUUGCACACCUGAAAUCUCACCUGAAGGACACCUGCAGCGAAAAGCAGGCAGAAAUUAGCAUGGCUUCUCACUACAUAGAAACACUACUGGUGCCUCGGAAGCUCGUGAUCAGGACAGGCAAGAAUGCGAACAAGUGUCUGGAGAAGGAGCUGUUGGUGCUCUCCGACUCGGAGCGAAAGAAGGCCAUGGUGGACCGGACCUGUAUUUUCCAGGACUGCACACUCAGAUCCAGACACUUGGUCACCAUCCUUGGGAAGGCAGGCAUGGGGAAGAGCACUCUCCUCCAGCGCUUGGCCUUGGACUGGUCCAGCGGGGGCUUGUCCCAGUUCCACUUCGUCUUCUUGCUGGACUGCAAGGCUGUGGACCUGAUGCGGCCGUGCUACAGUCUGAAAAGUUUGCUGUUUGACUUGUCUGCUUCCCCUCGCUGCAAGGACUCGGCAGCUGUGUUCCAGCAUGUCCUAUCAUCCCCGGAGAAGGUCCUCAUCCUUUUUGACAGUUUCAACGAAAUGAAGGACCUUGAAGGCCUUCUCCAGGCCUCCGCCGACUCAGCCUCACACGACGGCUACAGCGUGAGGCAGCUGUUCUCUGGCAUCUUCCAGAGAAAGAUCCUGUCAGGGUGCACUCUCCUGAUAGCCAGUCGACCCAAAGAUGUUUUGAACCAGCUGCUGCGUAAAGUGGACAGCAUCUUGGAGCUGUGCCCAUUCUCAUCCACGGACAUCGAGCGUUAUGUCUCAAAUUAUUUUACCGAUGAUUCACGGCGAGAGAGUGCGUUGAGGAAAAUUAAAAGAAAAAAGUACAUAUUCAGUCUGUGCUCGAAUCCCUUGCUGUGCUGGUUUACAUGCUCCUUGCUGGAGCGGCACGACGCGGACACCUGCGCUUUGCCGUCGACUCUCACUGAUUUGUGCUUGGGAGUGGUCAGCCAGCACCUAGAGCUGGAAGCUAAGGAGCAGGGAUCCAAACUGGAUAUUACCCAGCUGUGCAGUAUGGCCUGGGAGGGAUUCAAGUCUCAGCGCUCUCUUUUAAGCCAAGAGCAACAGCUCAGUAAGGAACUGAUGGACUAUGGAUUCGGCUGUAGGAUACUUACGUCCCAUGUGGUGAGUGAGGAGUCUGGCGGAACCCUGGCCACUUGCUUCGCAGACCUCUUUGUGCAGAGCCUCCUCAGUGCCUUGCUGUUGGUGCAGUCCAGAGAUGUGAGCGAGAAAACACUGGUGGCCCAGAUGGCGCUCCAGCACCGCAAGAGGAAGCCACAGGGAGAAUGGCAGGACCUUCUACAAAGGUUCAUCAUGGGCCUGCUCUACCACAGGAGCCCGCUGCCGUGCUCUGGCCUUCCACAUAGCCCAGCCACCUCACAGGCAAAAAGGCAAGUGGUGGAGACCCAGCUGGAGAGCCUGAAACCAGGUGAGCUGACACCCGGCAAGCUGCUGGAGCUGUUUCACUGUGUGUACGAGACCAGCAGCGUCAAGCUGGCCAAGCUCCUGAUCAAGAACCUUCCCGACGGGCUGAGGUUCUGCGGAGCCCAGCUCUCCCUGACAGACGCAUAUGUUGUUGAGCACCUCCUUCGGCAUGCCAAGGGUCUUGGGCAGAUGUUCUCCAUUGACCUGCAGGACACGUGUGUUCCCCUCAGCGGUCUCAAAGACAUAGUAGCUAUGAACAGCAUUAAGUCCUACCGGGCAUUUACUAUGGACACAAUUGACCUGUGGGAGGACUUACAUUGCAGCAAUGACGAAUUAAAUUUGAAAAGUGCUAUUGAUAAAUUCACCAUAGAGCCAUUCAAGGCAUCACAGGCAUGUCACAUAGAAAACCUGGCCCUCCUUGUUCAAAUCCACAGAGAGAAAAAGCUGCCAUUGGGCGGGGCUGUGUCUGCUCUGGAUGAGGGCAUUCCAGCAGUGAGACAUCUCUACAAGCUAGACUACGAGCUGGGCCAACAGAAAGGACCUGAGGUUUUUCCCUGCCUUGUUGAGCUCCUCCCUGCACUUCAGUCUCUCCAGCACCUAGAUCUUGAGAACAACAAAAUAGGAGACUCUGGAGCUGAAAAGCUGGCUGGUGCCCUGCAAUCUUUAACAUCUCUGAAGAUGCUAAAUCUGUCGCAGAACUCUAUUGGAGAUGCUGGGCUGGAGAAACUGGCCCAGGCCCUGUCAGAAGUCUCCUCACUACAAAAGCUCAGUCUUUAUGGAAACUUAAUAGCAGACAGUGGAGCCGAAAACUUGGCCCUGGUUUUACCAGACAUGAAGUCCCUUCUGGAUCUGGAUGUCAAGUACAACAAGUUUACAGAUAUUGGUGCCAAGAAGCUCAGUAAUGCCUUAAAAAGCUCCACAUGCAUGAAGUCUCUUCAAAUGUGGAAUGGUUGCAUCCCAUAUGGGGUUUUUGAGCAUCUUCAGCUUCAAGACUCAAGGAUAAGGACUCUGCUGUAAAUCUCUAUCGAUCAUAUAAAUAUAAUGAUCUUUAUGAAAUGUUCAAUCCAGUCGUCAACAGUAAAGACACUAAGUUUGUUUCAUUGUUGAGUUGCAAUAUUCCUGUACUGAUUUUUCAACACAUGCCUACCUAUUAAUGCACAACUUUUAAUACAUUUUGAAAAUAAACAAACUGUGAAUUUUG